CGGUUUCCAGCAAUAAUUACACUAUUCUGCAUGCUCAGUGCUUGACGGGCCCGAAAAUAUGGACAGCAUAGAGUAUUUCGUCCAAGUCGCCCAGGAGAAAUGGCCCGUUAUCGCAACAUUCAUUGCGGUGUCUCUUGUGGCCAUGUUUCUGCAAACCGCGGUGGUGUCGCGCAGCACCUGGACCAAGAUUCCCCUGAUUGGUGCUGAAUUGGGCAGUGAUGAGAAGAGAAGAGAACUGUAUCUCAAAGGGGCCAAGAGAGUAUACACAGAAGGGUACAAACGUUUCAAAAAUGGCGUAUACCGCAUUGUCACCCCGACAAGCUCAAAGGUUAUCGUCGUGUCGACCCGUUUCCUCCCCGAGCUACGAAAACUUCCCGAUAGCAUUUUGAGUCGUGAUGCAGCUAUUGUAGAGACACUCCAUUCAAAAUAUACCGGUAUUAGCCCUGGGGAAAUGGCCAUGUCUUGGGUGCUCAAAGCACGCUUGACUCCGGCUCUGAAUCGUGUCAACUUGAAUCUUGCCGACGAGGUUCAGUCUGCUUUUCGGGAAGAGAUGCCAACUUGUGAGGAUUGGACGGCCGUCAAAAUCAACUCAGUUCUGCUGAGAAUUGUCGCCAAGGCUUCCGGGCGCAUUUUUGUCGGCCCCGAGCUCUGUCACUCAGAAGAGUACCUCGAGGCCGCCAUCAGAUACACGGUUGAAGUCAUCGGAGCUGCCAACGCUGUUUCGAACGUUCCGCCAUGGCUGCGGUCCUUCAAAGCCUCUAAACUGCCCGAAGUUCAAAGACUCCAUGAAAGGAGAAAACACGCUAUCAAAUUCAUGCAGCCCGUAGUGGAAUCCCGCAAGGAUUUGGAUCAGAAGCCGGACGACCUGUUGCAGUGGCUGAUUGACAACGAAGGAAACCUUGGAGACAUGAGCACUUGGAAGCUCGCCAGGACGCAACUUGCGCUGAGUUUCGCGGCCAUUCAUACUUCCACUGUCGUAUCAACCAAUGUGUUCUAUACCCUGGCAGUUAUGCCCAACGAAGUCAUCCUGGAACUGCGCGACGAGAUUCGCUCUGUGCUUGGAGAAAAUAACGGAAACUUUACGAGCUCUGCACUGCAGUCAAUGAAGAAAGUCGACAGCUUUAUCAAGGAGACGAUGCGAUACUACCCCUUCGCUAAUCAUAGCUUCGAACGCAAAGUUAUGCGGACUUUCACCCUGUCCAACGGACAGGUCAUUCCAGCGGGGGUCAUUCUGGAAUGCUCAACGGCCCACAACCAAGACGACGAGGUCUUCCCCGACGCUUCCCGCUUUGACCCUUGGCGCUUUUCCAAGUUACAGGAGCAAGAGAAGGAAGACGGAAUGGAUGGUGCUGCUCGUCAUCAGAUGGUCAGUGUCACGCCGAACCACCUCACGUUUGGCUACGGUCGCCAUGCAUGUCCAGGGCGGUUCUUUGCCAUCAAUGAGAUCAAGAUGAUCAUUGGUACCUUCCUGCUUAACUACGAUAUCAAGAACAUCGAUGGGUCAAAUGAGCGCUAUGCUAAUGUCGUCCACGGUUCGAGUUCAGUUCCGGACGUGACCAAAGAACUCCUCUUCAGGAGAGUCUGA